UUGUCUUCUCUUCUUUGCUUUCACUCUGCGUUGAUGGACGAGGAAACCCAAGGGUCGUAUGAAGAAAAAGAAGAAGAGAAAGAAGAUGUACAGGAAGGAGUACCGAACCGCACGGCUGCAGAAGCAGCAGCGGCAUCAGACAGCGGGGGCGUGAACGCACGAACCGUGCCCGGGGUCCCGGAGCUCUGCGCCGCAUCCCCUCCGUCUGGUUGUUGUCAUGGAGGAGAAAAGAUGGCGGUUCUGGCCUAUAGCCUAGGCAAACGAGAAAUAAAUCAGUAUUUCAACAUAAAAAAUGCCAAGCUGAUAUCGUCCGUGAUCGUCGUGUUGCUGCUUCUCAUCCACACCGCUUCCCGAUAUUAUGGGGGCUCCGACACAUGUGACUGGCUGUUGUCCAGCGGACGAUACUUGGGGGAGAACGUUUGGCAGCCCUAUGGCUGCAUGAUGCACAAGUACAAAAGCACUGAUUCUAAAAGCUGUCUUGCUGACAAAAGAGUGGCUUUUGUGGGUGACUCCAGAAUAAGGCAGCUUUCCUACUCCUUCACCAAAAUAAUCGACCCAGAGCGCAAGGAAGAAGGAAACAAGCAUGAAGACAUUCCCUUUCACGAAGACAGUUCUUCAACCAACGUGGACUUCUUCUGGUAUCCAGAGGCAAAUGACUCGAUGAAAGAGCGCCUGCGGUCAUGGACUCAGGACCGAUCAUCGACGCCAGAUGUUAUCGUGCUCGGAGCUGCUGCGUGGUCCAUCAAGCUGCACAGUGGCAGCAGCGAGACCCUGCAGCGGUACAGGGUCAACCUGACCACCAUGGCUGUGACCCUGGAGAGGCUGGCGGAGGACGCAGAGGUGUACUGGGUCCUACAGGACCCGGUGAAUGAGGAGGCGCUGAGCGCGGACCGGAAGAUGAUCACCAACCAUCAGCUGGAGCUGUACAACGAAGCGGCAGCGGACGCGCUCAACGGCAGCAAGCGUAGCGCCCGGGUCAAGCUGCUGGCGGCCACGCGCCAGGCCGCCAUGGAAACCAUCGUACAAUCGUCGGACGGCCUGCACCUCCCCCAGGGCACCCUGAAUGUGGGGGCCAUGAUCCUCAUGAACGCGGUGUGCAACAAGCGGACGCGGCCCAUCGACGGCUCCUGCUGCCAGGGGGCCCGGCCCCCCAGCCUGCUGCAGAAGCUGGCGGUGUGCGUCUUCCUGGGCUGCGCGCUGGUGCUGCUGGGGCUCCACGCCAUGGGCUACGGCCGCCACCGCCACCGGCCCGUGCCCCCGGACGUGGAGAGCCUGGAGGAGAGGAAGCCCACCACGGCCCCGGGCCCCCCAGGGCUCACGGCGCCGCUCCAGGCGCUGUGCCGCAUGGGCGUGAUCAUGGCGUACUUCUACCUCUGCGACCGCGCCGACACGUUCAUGAAGGAGCAGAAGUUCUACACGCACGCCACCUUCUUCGUGCCGCUGGUGUACGUCGUCGUUCUGGGGCUGUUCUUCAACGAGAGCACCAAGGAGACAAAGCUGUUAAACCGCGAACAGACUGAUGAGUGGAAGGGGUGGAUGCAGCUGGUUAUUCUCAUCUACCACAUAUCUGGGGCCAGCGCCUUCCUUCCGGUGUACAUGCACGUGCGCGUGCUGGUGGCGGCAUACCUCUUCCAGACGGGCUACGGACACUUCUCGUUUUUCUGGCUCAAGGGGGACUUUGGACUCUACAGAGUGUGCCAGGUGCUGUUCCGUCUGAACUUCUUAGUGCUGGUGCUGUGUGCGGUGAUGGAUCGAUCCUACCAGUUCUACUACUUUGUGCCGCUGGUCACCUUCUGGUUCGUCAUCAUCUACGCCACAAUGGCUCUGUGGCCCCAGGUCCUCCAGAAGAGGGCGAACGGCAGUGGCAUGUGGCACCUUGGGAUCCUGACAAAACUACUAGGCCUCCUGCUGCUCAUCUGCUACUUUGCCAACUCGGAGGGCUUCUUCCAGAGCCUCUUCUCCGUGUGGCCCCUCUCCAAGCUGUUUGAGCUCAACGGCAGCAUCCAUGAGUGGUGGUUCAGGUGGAAGCUGGACCGUUUUGCGGUGAUCCACGGCAUGGUGUUUGCCUUCAUCUACCUGGUGCUCCAGAAGAGCCAGAGGAUGUUUGAAGGCAGAGGAGAGGCCCUCUUCUCAGCCACCAUCUCCAACCUGCUCCUCUGCCUCUCCGUGGUCUCCUUCAUGGCGUACUCCAUAUGGGCGAGCAGCUGCAAAAACAAGACUGAGUGCAACGAGAUGCAUCCCUACAUCUCGGUGGUGCAGAUCUUGGCGUUCAUCCUAAUCAGGAACAUUCCAGGCUACGCCCGCUCUGUAUAUAGCUCGUUCUUUGCCUGGUUCGGGAAGAUUUCCUUGGAGCUGUUCAUCUGCCAGUACCACAUCUGGCUGGCGGCGGACACCAAGGGCAUCCUGGUGCUGAUCCCGGGCUUCCCCUCGCUCAACAUCCUGGUCAGCACCUUCGUGUUCGUGUGCGUGGCCCACGAGAUCUCCCUGAUCACCAACGACCUGGCGCUGGUGGCCAUCCCCAAGGAGACGGGGCCACUGCUGAAGAGGCUGGGGGCCGCGGGGGGGCUGGCCCUGGUGGUGCUGCUGCUCACCACGGGGACGGGCAGCGUCACCGCGCCCGGAGCAGCCUGAGGGGGCAGGGAGAGCGGACUGAAGCCUCCUCCUCCUCCUCCUCCUCCUCCUCUCUUUCCUCCCUCCACCACACAUCCACCUUCAGUGUCUCCGCCGAACUCAAAGCGGAAGCGGAGGUCCCGGAUGUCCGUCCUCCUUUAGUCAUGGUGACGUUUGGACUACUAGAAGCCGGUUGGAGAGGCCGGUUUUCUCCCGAGGUCUCUGAUUGGUGGAUCUGGCGCGGGGUGGAGCCGCCAUGUCUGAACAGGAUCUUUCUGUGGUGAGCUCUCCCUGACCACUAUGGUACCCAACACGCAACAAGUCGCACACUGGAGAGCGAGAGAGGCCUGCGAUGUAGGCCCGCACCUUUCUAAAGACGAUACGGGAAGAUAAUUAACAACGGUAGCUGUCUAGAAAUAGACCUUAUAGGACAGAAGGAGACAUUAUAGGAGAAUCUGUAAAAAUAGGCCCACUCUUCAAAGUUUAUAACCUCAUGCUUGCAGUGUGAAUUUUCCAGAGUUGCUUCUGCCCCGGCAAACCUCACGAAUAAAAUGCCUCCUCACACGACAGGAAUUCACAGCACGCACACACACAUAUGUCCACGCACUGCGUCCGUGUGUGUGUGUGUGUGUGUGUGGAAUACAACACGCCCACUUUUUGUAAGACGUCGCUCAAAUUGUUCUUUCGUCAUCGUUUACAUAUUGAGGUUUCCAAGCAAAUCAACACAGACUGCCAACUCAUCAUUGAGCCAUACGGAAACUGGUGUGGUUCAAUAUGACCACGUGUCCUCAUGGGCCUACAGGUGAACCGUGGACCGGCCAGUGAUAAAAUACACAAUAGGUUUGAUACAGUGCACAUCGACAACAACUAUGAUGAUAAUAAUAAUACAUUGUCAAAAUAUAUUUUAUUUACCUCUUCCAUUUUGUUCAGGCAUUGCUAGUUUAUUUGAGCAAAGACUUCCUCGUAUGGCGAGGUGGAUUGACCACUGACCUAGAGCUCUGAAGCUCUAUGUGAUAUGUACAGUAUUUAAAGAUUUAAAUUAAGCGCAUAUUUUCUACAGGGUUUGCUUUUUUCUUUCUUUCUUUCUUUUUGUAGAUUUGUCCAUUUCUGCUCCCAUUUCUGCUGUUGUAAAACCAAGUAUUAUGUAGGAGGUUCCUUUUGUAUUCUUGGAAGCACACAGGCUAGAUCACACUUCACUGUAAAUACCAAAUUAGGAGGUGUUUCUGAGGACAUGUCAGGUUUUAGGUUUACUUUUUUUCUUUUUUUUUCCCCUUUGAAUUGACAAUGUUAAAAUACCGGAUUCCUAGUCUAUCAAGAAAAUGCACUGGAUUUAUACAUGUCUUUUCUUUCUUUCUGGGUUGUCGACGGAAGGCCACUAUUUGUUGGUGCUUCUGUCCUUGUUUCUGUUUGCUCAAUGGGCGACUAAAAUAGGCACUUGAAUGACAUGGCGUAUGCUUUGUCAACUGAAUGCCAUUUUGAUCAUAAGACAACCACGCCCGUCUUCCACCCAGGUCAACCAACACCUUACUGUUGACUCAUCUCUCAAUUGGCUGUUCAUCUUGUAGUGCCAGUUUUAUCACCCACCCAAAUUUAGCUGAGAAAGCCCAGGGGCUAGUUGUUUAGGAAAACGCCAACAGUAUUUAUCUGUCUCUCUCUCUCAAUCUACUAGUGGCACGAGAGGUUUGUUAAGUGCCAAAACUGGAACCCCUGAAUUAGUUUCAGAGCUGUGUGCUUACACUAGGGACAGUAAUUUCCUGAUUGGUCUAAACAUUAUAUCUGUUUAUAUACCAUUGUGUAUUUCAGCACACUUUUUUAUUACGUGACUUUGAGGCUUGGCAGAUGCAGAACACACUCAACACACAUUUGCACAACUGUAAAAUAGGUCCAAAGGUGAAGCAUGCGGCACAACAUCCUUCAGUUUGCCAUGUGUAAAUACCAACGGGAUACUUCAUGAACAUAUUGUUAAGAUAACAAUGUUGAACCCUCCACUAUCCAUUUACCAACAAGGUUGAGUCAAAAAGACCAGAGUUAUUAAUGCAAUGAGGCCGUCCCAAAGGAAAAUAAGUUGUUACCCUGGAUUCUGCUCCUGCCAUGGUUAAGACAAGGAACGCUUUGAUUAUAGUAGUUCACACUUUGGUUCUCCUCUCUGAUCAUAGGCUACAUAUUUGGUGAUUAUUAUCUGCCCUAAUAGUCUUCCCAUUCUUUAUUUUUUGUUGCCCAUUUGUAUGAGCAAAAACUAUUUAUAAUCUCACACAGAGCCUUGUUGAAAGAUUACUUUGUUAUUUCUUUUGUGCUGUCUGUCCUAAUGUGAAAUCUAUUCAUUUUAUUUAUAAAAAACGACUUUAUUGUAUAUUGUUAAUAACACAUAACUUCAUAAAAACA